AUGUCUUCCUUCUUUGCCAGGGAUCUGGAGGAAACGACGACUGCGAGGACGUAUGCUAGAGACUGGUACAAUGAUGGUCAAGGCAAUGACGCGAUCUUCAAGGUCAGGUUGCAAAAAGGACUUGCGGUGGAAAGCCUGCCUUACACCGAAAACACGUCUGCGGAGUGUCCCUUCGCCGACGAGUUUUGCAAGACAGGAUCCAAUGGAGCUAUCUCUUUUGAUACGGGCUUACUCGAUUCUCAUGUUCACCUGGGAAUUAAUGCGCCUAACGACGAGCGGGUCCAGUACCGUUGGAGGUCCACAUGUACCCCAAUUCAGAUGAAUGGCCAUCAGCCGUCGCUCUUCAAGCUCAUCAGCAACGCCACGGGAAACGUUACGGAUAUGUGGACGGUCGGAACUCUUGCGGAGAUUCAUUUUGGCCCGCAUGGUGGAAAUUCCUACACACUCAGGACCAGGCGGAUGAUCGACUCUACCAACAUCAAUGCCCAUUUUGAAAUCCAGUUAGUAUAA